AAAAUUGAAAUGUUUGUUUGUGUCAUGUGCAACAGGCAACAACGAAUAAGUAAUAAAAAAUGGGAGACAAAUCUACACCACUACUUGCUGUGCUCCACUUAUUGAAAAAAUACAAUCUAAAGGGCACUGAAGAAAUUCUAAGAAAGGAAGCCAACUUAGGUGAUACUCAAUUUGACAAUUUAGACUUGCCAGAGGUUGAACUAGCAAGUAUCCUCACAGCUCAUCAUACCGAAAGUGAUCCAUUUACUUACGAACUUGCAUACGAUGGUCUCAAGAAAUAUAUUGAAAACUCCUUAGAUAUUUAUAAGUAUGAAUUAUCAACACUUCUCUAUCCAGUUUUUGUUCACAUGUAUUUAGUUCUUAUAUUAUAUGACCACAAUGAACAUGCUGAAAAGUUUUUGGAAAGAUUUGGUCCGGAACAAGAGGAUUAUUAUCAGGAUGAUUUGAAACGUCUGUCUAUAGUGAAAACAAAAGAACAGAUAAAAGGGAAUGAAAUUGCUGAGAUAUACAGUUCAAAUAAAUUUGAGGUGCAACUAUCAAGGGAUGCAUCUUCCCAAUUAAAGCGAUUUCUACAUGAACAGAAAAGUUCACCAGUUAUUAUUAAUAUUAUAAAUAAUCACAUACAAAUUGAUGUACACGAUGGACCUGGGAGAACUCAAGCUCAAGUAAGAGCAACUGCUGGAGGAAUUCUUGGUGAAGCCACAAGAAAUGAGAACCGGGCCAAAGUAUACUAUGGCCUACUCAAAGAACCCUAUAUAGAAGUUCUUCCAACACCAGUAGAAGAUGAAGAGGAAGUAGAAGAAGCAGCUGAUAAACCCAAAAAGAAAAAAGCUAAAAAGGAUAAUAUUUUUAUGAAAAAGCCAAAAUUGGACCCCAAUGCUCCUCCGAAUGACAGAAUUCCUUUACCAGAAUUGAAAGAAACUGACAAGAUAGAAAAAGGGAAAGCUCUAAGAGAAGCAUCCAAGCGUGUUCAACUGGGACCAGAGACAAUGCCUUCUAUAUGUUUCUAUACACUGCUCAACAGCGGUAAUAAUGCAUUGUGCGCUGACAUUUGUGACGAUUCCACAUUACUCUCAGUGGGCUUUAACAAUUCCACUAUUAAGGUAUGGACGCUUACAACUGUAAGACUACGGGGAAUGAAAUCUGUUGACAAAUUGCAAGAUAUUGAUAGAGAAGCAGGUGAUGUCCUUGUGCGAAUGAUGGAGGAAAAAGAUAGAGAUACAUGUCGUACACUAUAUGGUCAUUCUGGACCUGUCUACAAAGUGGGAUUUGAUCCAUUUAAAACAAUGCUCCUGUCUUGUUCGGAAGAUUCCACAGUCAGAUUAUGGUCAUUGCAAUGCUGGACAUGUCUAGUGGUAUAUAGAGGUCAUGUGUGGCCAGUUUGGGAUGUGAAAUGGUCUCCACAUGGUCACUACUUUGUGUCCAGUGGCCAUGACCACACAGUACGUAUGUGGGCCACUGACCAUCAUCAACCGUUGAGGAUCUUUGCUGGACAUUUGUCUGAUGUUGAUUGCGUUCAAUUCCAUCCCAACUCGAACUAUAUUGCAACGGGGUCGAGCGACCGAACUGUGCGUCUUUGGGACUGUCUGACUGGCCAACAAGUUCGCAUUAUGACUGGUCACAAACGCACAAUAUUUACGCUGUCAUUCUCAGUAUGCGGGCGCUGGAUCGCGUCCGGUGGUGGAGGCGGUGAGAUCAUCGUUUGGGACAUCUCAACCGGCUCCCCUACAGCCGCUCUUCCGCUUUUCCACACUGCGCCCAUAACCACGUUAGCUUUCAGCCGUGAUGGCGCAAUAUUAUCGUCAGGUUCUUUGGAUUGUACUAUCAAAUUGUGGGACUUUGCGGCUAUUACAGAUGAAAGUACAAAUGAUGAUAACACCGGAAAUAACUCAGCACCAAAAGAAGAAAAAUUUCUAUUGCGCUCCUUUGCAACUAAAAACUCACCACUUAAAAAUUUACAUUUUACUAGGCGCAAUCUUUUAUUGGCUGUUGGUUCAUAUGAAGGAAGUUCUUAAUAAUCCAAUAUAAUUAU